AUGGUGGCUUUGAAUUCGACGGAGAUGGCGGAACGAUUGCUGGAACUGGCCGUGGAACGGGGCGCGAUCCGCUACGGCGAUUUCACCCUGUCAUCGGGCAAGAAGAGCUCGUACUACUUCGACGGGCGGCUGCUCAGCCUGGACCCGGAGGGCGCGCACCUGAUCGGGAACGCACUGCUCCCGCUGCUGGCGGACGCCGGCGUAUCCGCCGUUGGAGGCCCUACCCUGGGCGCGGACCCCAUCGUGACCGCCGCGGCCAUGGCGUCGUGGCAGCAGGGCGCGCCGCUGCCGGCCUUCAUUGUGCGCAAGGAAGCCAAGGGGCACGGCAUGACCCAGAUGAUCGAGGGACCGGUGCCGGAGGGAGCGUCGGUCGCCAUCGUGGACGACACCUGCACCACCGGGGGGUCGCUGUUCCACGCCAUUGGAGCGGCCGAGGAGGCCGGGUGUACCGUCGGGCUGGUCCUCGCGCUGCUGGACCGCAACGAGGGCGGCAGCGACGCCAUCCGGGAGCGGGGCUACCGGUUCGAGACUUUGCUCACGGCCGGCGAGGACGGACGCAUACGGCCGGCGUAG